AUGGUGAGAAAUCUACCAUAUCCAGAAUUUCUCAAAAGAAAGGAAGAAGGCCGGUGCUUUCGUUGUGGGGGACCAUUUGCACCCGACCAUAGGUGUAUUGAGAAGAGCCUGCGUGUGUUGCUGUUAGCGGAGGAUGAGGAGGAAGAUGCAUUCGAAGAAAUGGGUAGCCUAGAGGAGAAACCCAUGGAGUUAUCAGCCUGCUCCGCUGAAGGGUUAACAACACCCAAGACCCUGAAGCUGAGAGGAAGAAUUGGAGAAAGGGAAGUAGUGGUGCUCAUAGAUAGUGGCGCAAGCCACAAUUACAUUAGACGGAAGUUGGCGAAGGAGUUAGAACUACCUACGAUUGAUACGCGGCCAUAUUCGGUUAGUUUAGGGGACGGGCACAAGAGGGUGACGCGUGGCCGCUGUGAGAAAAUCAGAGUGGAGUUGGGAGAAGCCACAGUAGAGGAGGAGUUCUUUGUUUUCAAACUAGGGGAAGUGGAUGUCAUUUUGGGCGUUGCAUGGCUGGGAAGAUUGGGUGAAGUAAGAGUUAAAUGGGGGGAGAUGACCAUGAUCUACAACGUGGAAGGCAGGAAGAUUAAGAUAAGGGGUGACUCAACGUUGGCGCGACAACUGGUGGAGCCCAGAACUUUAUCCAAGAUAGUGGAUGCUGAGUCAUGGGCAUUAGUGUGGAGUCUGAAUGUGGUGGACCAGGAGAGGGGUGACGGGUGGCAAGGUGAUUUGACGGGAGAGCAGAAAGCAAAGAUGGAGGUGCUGUUGCAGGCGCACUAUGGCGUUUUCCAAGAAACAAAAGGGUUACCCCCAUCACGUGACAAGGAGCAUCGAAUUACACUUAAGGAGGGAGUGGAUCCUAUAAAUGUCUAUCCCUAUAGGUAUCCUCACUUUAUGAAAAGCGAAAUCGAGAAGCAAGUUGCAGACAUGACGAAGGCGAGGCUCAUCCGACCCAGUUCGAACCCAUUUUCCAGUCCCGUAAUAUUGGUGAAAAAGAAGGACGGUAGUUGGCGUUUCUGUGUAGACUACCGAGCCGUAAACAGGGCCACCGUCCCUGAUAAAUUUCCCAUUCCAAUCAUAGAAGAGCUUUUGGACGAAUUGAAGGGGCCGAAGUACUUCUCCAAAAUUGAUCUAAAAGCUAGUUACCAUCAGAUCAGAAUGAAUGAAGACGAUAUACCCAAGACUGCUUUCCGCACUCACCAGGGUCAUUUUGAAUUCCUGGUGAUGCCCUUCGGACUCAUGAAUGCGCUAGCCACGUUUCAAGGAGCGAUGAAUAAGCUGUUCUAG